CCUAUCUCUGAAGCCAGUGCCGGCAGUACCGCGGAACAAAAUGUACUAUAUCUUUGUGUUGCCUCUCUUCAUUAUAUCACUAUGGUUGUACUCAAAAUGGGUCUCCAUGAAGAACUAUUGGAAGAAACUGGGAGUUCCAAGCGAACCAGUCCAUCCCUUAUUUGGAAGCAUGUCGUUUUUGCAGAAGAAGAAUCCGGGUACAUGGUUUAUUGAGCUCUACCAGAAGUACAGGCCGUCUCCAUACGUAGGUAUCUGGAUAUUCUGGCGCCGCGGGCUGGUCAUCAAUGACCCUGACCUGUCGCGCAAGAUCCUCGUCAAAGACGCUGACACCUUCAGGAAUAGGAUGCUUGCUUCUGGCAAGUCUGAUCCCAUGGGAGCCCUCAAUUUGUUUACCGUUGAUGAUCCAUUAUGGACUUCGCUCCGCAGACGCCUGACAUCAGUGUUCACUGGCUCCAAGCUGCGAGGCUGGCAGGAGCUGUACCAGGCCAAGGUGGACGAUCUGAUCUACAGGAUCAACUCGGACAAUGAGAAGGGAAUCGUCAGUGAAUUGAAGUCUUUGUUUGCUGAUUACGCAACAGACAUCAUCGGAGAGUCAUCGUUUGGUAUCCAGUGCCAAUCCACGAGGAACUCGACUGGUCCGCUGCGGAUGAUGACCAAGGAGUUUGAGAAGUACAACCAGUGGAGGGGCAUGGCCUGGUCUUCCAUAUUCUUUCUACCAGAAAUGGUCGAUAUAUUGAGGUUCUCAUUCUGGCCAAAGAAUACAGUAACAUACUUUAGGAAAAUCUUCAAGGUAAUGGUUGAGGAACGAGGAGGGUUUGAAAAGGACAUAGAUGGGAAGAGGGACUUGCUUGAUGCACUACUGAAGAUGAAGAUAGAUGCUCAGAAGGAAAAUCAAGAAAUGGACAUCGACAUUUUGAUCUCAAACGCUAUGAUCUUCCUGCAAGGAGGGUACGACACCUCCUCCUCUGCUCUUACAUACGCAGUCUAUGAACUUGCCUACAACCGUGAAUACCAGAAAAUAUUAUACGAUGAGCUAGUGGAAGCAGAGAAGGCGCUGAACGGCAAACGGUUUGAUGCUGAGAGCCUCGCUAAGCUGCCGUACUUGGACGCUGUCAUUAAAGAAACCAUGCGAAAAUACCCCAUCAUGGGUUGGUUAGACCGUAAAGCUUUGCGAGACUACCAGGUCAACGAGAAACUGACCAUACCAGCCAACACGGUGGUCUACAUCAACGCCAUCGGCAUGCACUGGGACCCCAAGUACUUCCCCAACCCUGAGGAGUUCAGACCUGAUCGGUUCCUCCCUGAGAACGCCAACAAUAUCGUACCUUAUUCGUACUUACCUUUCGGAGAAGGACCUAGGAUGUGCAUUGGUAAACGCAUAGGAAUGAACACAGUAAGGUACGCGCUAGCGGCUGUGGUACUCAACUUUGAAAUCUUCCCAUUGGCCAAACUCCCGCAGCCCAACGAUAUCCCGAUUGAGACGAAAGGACUCUUAUACCACCCUGCUAUACCACUCUCUGUAGAAUUUAAACGAAGAAAAUAAACAGAAACAUAGGCAAGAACAUAGUUAUAAAAAUUAAGAAUGAGGCUACAAUACCGUUUUGUGAAAGGUAUCGCAAAAACGACAUCACAUCCACAUCCACAAUCCCCAAUUGCCAAUCGCCAAUUGCCAGUCACCGAUCUGCAAUACCCAAUCCGCAAUCCCCAAUCCGUAACCCGGACUUUAUGUAUUUGUUAGAGACUUACCUUUCAAUUGUGCAGUCUAGUAUUACAUAGAAAACAAAUAUUUUGUAAAUCUGUAUGUAAUUUCCACUUCAAAUGGAAAUGUAGAUAAAAUUCUGUAUUAAAUACGUGUACCUAUUAAAUAUUGUAAUUCAACAAUAAAAAAUAUUUAGCUCAACCUGUGUGAUCUAAAGUUUAUGAAUCAAUAACUACGUAAUAUCAAUUUACAGAUCAAAUUGUUAAAAAAAAACCAAAAUAAUGUGCCUUCUACUUUUAAUAAUCAUAUUUUGAACAAUUACAAAACAAUAUUGUUAGUAUAUGGAUCAAAAUGACCAAUUUUAUUGUAUAAUAUAUUUUUAUGAUAUGAUAUUAUGUAUGUCAAUUUAUACCCUUUACCUGUACAUAUCAUUACGAUGUUACGAUUAAAAGCAUUUAAGCUUUUAAAGAACAAGAAAUAAAGUUGUUUUUAAGUUUUUU